AAGAAUAUAGGAUUCUUCAUAAUUUCGUAGUAUCCUAAAGUUGUCAUGUUUGACUACGGAACCAAAAGCUAAUUAAUCACUCGGGCCAAACACUGAGCAGCUGAGCAAUGGACGCCAGCCGCAACUCCGACCUCGCCGCCGACGAGCUCCUCCGGGCCCAAGCUGAGCUGUGGAACCAUAUCUUCGCGUACACCAAGUCCAUGUCCCUCCGCUGCGCCGUCGAGCUCGGCAUCCCUGACGCCGUCCACCGCCGUGGCGGCGCCGUUACGGUUCCCGAGCUCGUCGCGGAGCUCGCGCUGCCGCGCUCCAGGGAGCCCUUCCUGCGCCGCCUCAUGCGGCUGCUCGCGCACGGUGGCAUCUUCGACGCGGCCGCGGGUGCGGAGGACGCCUACGGGCUCACCGCGGUCUCGCGUCUCCUCGUCUCCGCGCCCGGGGGCGCGGGGCAGGGGCUCUCGCCGUUCGCGCGCGCCAUGCUGCACCCCAUCAUCGUGUCGCCGUCCAUCUCUCUGGCCUCGUGGUUCCGCGCCGCCGCCGCCGACGACGACGACGAAGGAGCGGACGCGCCGCGCGUGCCGUUCGCCGCCGUCCACGGCGGGCGCGAACUCUGGGCGGUGGCGAAGGACGACCCGGGGUUCGGCGCGGCGUUCAACGACGCCAUGGCGUGCGACGGCCGCUUCGUGAUGGACGUGCUCCUGCACGGCCACCACCACGGCGGCGCGCAGCUGUUCCGGGGGAUCACUUCGCUGGUGGACGUCGGCGGCGGGUCCGGCGGCGCCGCCAGGGCCAGCGCCGCCGCGUUCCCUCACGUCAGGUGCACCGUCCUCGAACUACCGCAAGUCGUCGCGACCGUCCCACCAGGCGACGGAGGCGUCGAGUUCGUCGCCGGGGACAUGUUCGACCACGUCCCCAAGGCCGACGCCGUCCUCCUCAAGUGGAUCCUGCAUGGGUGGGGGGACGAGGAGUGCGUGCGGAUACUGCGGCGGUGCAGGGAGGCGGUGCCGGCGAGGGAGGACGGCAGGAGGGUGAUCGUGAUGGACCUGGUGGUGGGAUCGUCGUCGAGCUUGGGAGAUGGCGCGAGGGACACGGAGACGCAGCUGCUGUGGGACGUGAUGAUGAUGGGGGUGGUGGGGAGCCCCGAGCGCGACGAGCGGGAGUUUUGCAAGAUAUUCCAUGACGCGGGCUUCAGCGGCUACAAGAUCCUGCACGUCCUGGGCAUCCGGUCCGUCAUCGAGGUUUACCCAUGAUUCCCUCUCUAUUAUGGAUCUUUGUACCGGGUACAUCACAACGGUGAGAUAGGUAAACGAAAAAUCCAUAUGGAAUGCAUCUGAUGUAAAAACACAAAAAAGUGCAUAAUAAACAUACAAAACAUAGUGAUUUGUAUACCGAUACAGAAUCUAAUGUUGAUGAGCAAACCAUACAUAGCACUUCUGAAAUAGGCUCAUAACUAGGUCUAGAUCAGUAGCUAAACCAUGAUUCCCUCUCUAUUAUGGAUCAUGUGCCGGGUAUCAUCACAAUGGAGGAAAAGGUAAACGAAAUCCAUAUGGAAACCAUCUGAUGUUAGAACACAAAAGAAGUGCAUAAUCGCUUAUAUACAAACCUGCCGAGAUUUGCGGCUCCUGGAGAUUUUUGAGCUGGCGUGGCCACCUGCGCGUGCUGACGCGUCAGCGAGGCG